GACAAACCAGGCGACGGUUACGGAAACGCACUCGCAGCCGCCUGGCAGGACUCCGCGGAGCGGAGCAACGCGGGCCAAGCAGCGCCGUUUCCCCCGAGGUUGUCCCACUCUCCGUGAGGUUUACCGCAAGGGGUAGGUCUAAUGUGGUGCCGCUGCUUUGAGGGUUCCACCUUGUUGCUAUGGCAUCGUCCCUCUUUCCACUCCACGUCAUUGUGUUUGUCUUGACCCUGCCAUCCGCGCACCCCCUCCUGCAGCUCUCCUCGCCCCUCCCUGCGCCCACCUGUGAGCCCGGCCACUCCUGGGCAGUGCAACUGAGGUGGGGCCUAGAGCAGGAGGGCGGCUCCCUGGACGAGCUGGCCAACCAGGUGGCGCGGGAGGCGGGAAUGGAGAGUCAUGGGCAGAUAGGGCAUCUGAAUGGCCACUACCUUCUCUGCCGGGUACAGGACGAGGAGGGGGACCCACGGGUGCCUGGUGAGGUCUUGGGCGCCCACCCCAACGUUCUCUGGCACUCACAAGAGGGCAUCCUUCGCAGGGCAAAGCGAGCCAUGACCUUCAAUGAUCCCCAAUACCCGAGCCAGUGGCAUUUGCACAACGAUGUGAAGCAUGGGAUGGACAUCAACGUGACGGGCGUGUGGGAGCGCGACAUCACGGGAGCGGGCGUCACCGUGGUUGUCGUGGACGACGGCGUGCAGCACACGCUGGAGGACAUUCAGCCCAACUACUGUCCAGAGGGCAGUUACGACCUGAACUCCAACGACCCGGAUCCCAUGCCGCACCCCGACACACGGAACGACAACCACCACGGCACGCGGUGCGCCGGCGAGAUUGCCGCCGCACCCAACAACAGCUUCUGCGCCGUGGGCGUGGCUUAUGGCAGCAGAGUGGCAGGCAUCCGAGUCCUGGACGGACCGCUCACGGAUAGCAUGGAGGCGGUGGCGUUCAAUAAACAUUACCAGAUCAACGAUGUUUACAGCUGCAGCUGGGGUCCAGACGACGAUGGUCGAACAGUUGAUGGACCGCAUCCGCUCGGCAAGGCGGCUCUGCAACACGGAGUCAUAGCAGGCAGAAAGGGCUUUGGGAGCAUCUUUGUCGUAGCUAGCGGCAACGGGGGACAGUACAACGACAACUGCAACUACGACGGCUACGCUAACUCCAUCUACACGGUGACAGUCGGGGCGGUGGAUGAGAACGGGAGGAAGCCGUUCUAUGCAGAGGAGUGCGCCUCCAUGCUGGCCGUCACCUUCAGCAGCGGGGGGCGCCAUUUACGCAGCAUCGUGACGUCAGACUGGUCACUGCAGCACGCCUCGGGCUGUACAGAGGGGCACACGGGCACCUCUGCGGCGGCGCCCCUGGCUGCAGGCAUGGUGGCGCUGAUGCUGCAGGCACGGCCCUGUCUGAGCUGGCGCGACAUCCAGCACAUCAUCACCUACACGGCCACACGGUAUGACACUGAGGCAGACUGGGAGAUGAAUGGCGCGGGCUUCCAUCAUAGCCACAAACAUGGCUUUGGCCUUCUCAACGCCUGGAGAUUGGUGAAUGCUGCCAAGGUUUGGGAGUCUGUGCCCUUCUUGGUGUCCUAUCAGAGUCCCAUUCUAAAAGAACUGGAGACCAUCCCAGCAUAUCCAAACAAACUCACCCUCACCUGGAAUGUCACAGCUGCGGCCCUCAGGCAAUCGGGUAUGCAGACCCUAGAACAUGUGUCCGUUACCGUGACGAUAACCCACCCUCGACGUGGCAACCUGGAGAUUGUGUUGCUUUGCCCAAGUGGAAUGACCUCACUGAUCGGGGCCAGGAGAAUCCUGGACACAGAUGGCAGCGGCCUCGUCGACUGGACCUUCUCCACCGUACGAUGCUGGGGAGAGCAUGCUGAGGGCCAGUACAGCCUCCACGUCACUGACCACAGAGACGGGGCCCUGUCCCUGGGCACUCUUCAAAGCUGGAAGCUCACUCUGUAUGGAUCUGCACUGUCCUUUCAGGAGGUGCUGGACAGACAGGCGCUCGUGGAGGAGGCCAUGAAUGGGCAGUACCUGCACAGUAACUUCUCCCUGCCCUGUCCUCCAGGAUUAGCCAUUCCUGAUGAAAUAAUGAGUCCCUUGACCCCCAACAGCCUGAAGUUGCUGCUGAUACUGGGCUGCUCCGCCCUGUUCUGGUCCCUGUACUACACCCUGGAGCUGGUGCUGGCUCACAUGAACUGGCGGAGACUAUGGCGCUCGGUGCGGCGGGCCGGGCGGAGCAGGAUUUGGUCCAGGCCCCCUAGCCACGUGGACAGCCAGACAUUGGAUAUGGAGCCCAUGGUAGUCCUGGAGGCCAAAAUGCCCCUCAUCGGUAAAGGCGAGGGCACGUAGCACUCAGGAAGUCGAACUCUAACCUGUGCACCUUACUCAGGCUCGAGCUAGUCCUGCCCCACUGUCCGGCUAGCGUUGGCUUUCCCUCUGAGAUGCAGGGCAGGUCCUGCGCAGCCAUUAUCUCACUAGGGAUUGGUGGACCCUCGGGUGUCUGCGUUCCUGCACUGGCUCCUCCAAGCUGGAGUGGUUUGUGCGUGUGUAUGUGUGUUACACACAAGGACCAAGCUAAACAAGGUGUCUCUAAGAAAGCAAUCAGAGGACCGUUAGUUGGUUUCAGGACCAAGUGCCUGCUUCUGAAAUCAACAAGUGGCAUUAUUGGUGUGGAGGGUUCUUUUUCCCUUGUGUGUGUGCGUGUGAAUCAAGGUGGGGGAGAUCUAUGUGUGCGUUCAUAUAUAUGUUCUAUUAGGAAGAGUGCUAUAUUUUCAUUAAAUUAAAUACUUUUUUGCAGGUUCUGUUCUGAAUGUGACUCUUUGCUGGUUCAGCUUCUUGUGUUACCAAUGCAUCCAGCACUUUGUUGAAAAUUCCCUUGCCCAAUAGUUUUUGCCCAAAGUUUUAAAUUAAAAGCACGGAAUGAUUGUCAGAUGAAAAUGUAUGUAACAUUUGUAAUGUAUAUAUGUAAACCACCCAUUUUACAGGCAUGGGCUCUAUGAAAAUGGAUGUGUUUGUGCAUCUUUUUACUGAGAUAAAGUGGGGAAACUCCAAAUAUUGAAAUGUGAUGAACAGCUGGUCUGAAUGAAGGAGUUGUCAGCCGUCUGCAGGUAUACCUCUGAACAAUAAAAGGUAAAGAGAAAGAAACUGUGGGUGCGUGCAUG